AUGCGCUUCUAUCUCCUGUCAGUCCUCGCGUCCUUGGCAGCUGCCUCGCCUUUGGCUGUACAGGCGGACCGACCAGUGUAUUGGUUAUUGGCAGGUGACUCCACUACAGCACCAAAUGGAGGUUGGGGCGAUGGGUACCUAGCAACAACUGUAGCUUCAGGCUCGUCGGGACACAAUUAUGGUCAUUCGGGAGCAACGACAGCGUCUUUCCGCGCAGGGGGAGACUGGGGCAAGGUGAUCAACGACAUAAAAAAAUACAAGGAAAAGUAUGAUGUCUGGGUCACGAUUCAGUUUGGACACAACGAUCAAAAGGAAACAUCUGGCGUGACUCUUGACGCCUACAAAACCAACUUGAAGAAGUUUGCUGAUGAGGCCAAGAGUGCUGGUGCAACCCCAGUUCUACUCACACCACUUACCCGCCGCACUUUCUCCAAUGGCAAAGUGAUUCAGAACCUAGCCGAACAGCGCACUGCCACGAUAUCCGUUGCACAAUCAAACUCAAUCAAAUUUGCUGAUCUGAAUAUUGCUUCUGAGAACUACGUCAACGCCAUUGGUAAAGAUGCAGCUAGCAAAUACAACCUGGCUAGCAACGAUUGGACCCAUCUAAAUGAACGAGGUGGUGUUGUGUUUGCCAGAAUAGUAAGCGACAUAAUAUUGGAAAAGUAUCCUGAGUUGGAUAGUGUAGUUAAGAAGGAUCCGACACUCAGCCAAACCAUCAAGAGUGGAAAGCCAGCAUAA